AUGUAUUCCCCGACGGUCCCGUUUAGUGAAUAUCUACAAGGAGAACAACUCAAAUAUCCCGAGCUCACGCGGGACGCUAUUGAAACGUUGAAAAAAAGUUUGGCCAACGACAAUUUACCGCCCAUAACUGGUGAGUCGUUACAAACAUUAUAUAGGUUAAUUGUUCGACACUAUCAAUUAUAACGCAGAAAAAAAAAUAAUCUUCGUCGGAACUAUAAUGUCGAUAUGUACCGGUAAGCAGAGAAAUUAAUUACAAACGUCAGAGGUUUAACGGUUUAAAUACAUUAAUAUUAAAUCGUAAUAACGAUAUUAACGUUCACUCCUUGCAAUCUAUAUUGUAGAAGUUAAACUCGCAAUAAACAUUAAUAUUUCGUAGACAUUUAAAAUAUUAAACUGUACCAUUACACAUAUUAUUGAAGUCCACGUACGUACCAUUAAUUAAAAACCGACACUCGAAAAUAUAGGAUUUAAAUAUUGGAACAAUGACGAAUGCUAUGCGUUUGGAAUUUUAAAGAUAAGACAUGUUGGAGUUUAAAUAAAAUCUGCGUUGAUUUGUAUAAAUAUUCGUCCAAACAAGUGAAACAUUUAUUUUGCAGUAUUAUUUGUCACUGUAUUUUAGGUGUUCUCUAAUACGAAUCAUUUCAUUAUGGGGAGUUUUUUUUUUUAAUAAAAUAUUAAAAUAUUAAUUUUCCUUAUUGUUUUUUUUUAAACGAACUAAAAUUGCAUCAAAAAACAAAAUAAAAAUAAAACACAAAUAUUAAAUUAAUAUUUGUUUUAGAUUCUGAGCUGAGCGAAGAAUAUAAUAUUGGUUCUACUAUAAAGUGUGUGUAUUUUUUUUAUAUCUGCAAACCAAUUUUCUAUUAAAAAACUUAAUCCAAUAGUAAAAUACUAAGAGACCUUUUUUUUUACAUUUUUAUCUAGUUGAUCUAUUGAAAAGUUUGAUUUUCCAAGGAGCACGGUAGUUGAGAAAAAUCAGUAAAAAAUCAAACGAAAAACUGAUAAAUAUUUACAGUGACACCGUGGCAUUACCGAUUUUAAUUUUUAAAAUUUUGACGAUUUAAGUUUUUUAUGAAAGAAAAUGAAUGUUUUUUAUUGUGGGCUUGGUUAUUUUUUGAAUAAUGUCUAAUUUUCUUUUAUAAUUGUACAAAAAUGGGAAUAGAUGUGGGAAAAAUUGGAUUGUCUAUGGAAAUGACAGUUUCGAUAUUUUAAAUUUUGUUUUUUACAUUACGAGCGGAGGGAAAAAUCUAUUGGUUUUACAAUGAGGUGUAUUAUUAUAUUGAUUUUUUUUAUACUGUGUACACAAAUCCUACCAGAUCUCUUUUUCCAAUGUAUCACGUGUAGCAAUUUUUGUGAAAGGAAAUUAUAUCUAGUUGGUUAUUUAUUCAGGUCGUUAAAGAGGUUUUUUAUUUACCAAAUGUUUUCAUAUUAAUUUGAAAAAAAAACUAAGAAAAAAUCGGAAAAUUUACGAAAUUUAUUAUUUUCAAUUUUGGUUUUUUUGUUGUGAUUCAGUUUAAAAUGUUUGUAGACACUUGAUAUUUGAACAGACAAAUAAUAAUUGUCUUUUAUUUAGACCUAGUAAAAAUUUUAAAAACUUUUGAAUCUUUUAGACUAUUUAUAUACAUUUUAAUUAUGCAUGUUUUAUGUAAUUUUUAUUAGGUAAGUACUCUAUUAGGUAAGAUAAUAAUUCGUAGAUAUUAUGUAUUCUCCGACGGUUCUGUUUAGUGAAUAUCUACAAAAAAAGUAACUCAAAUACCCAAAUGAAUACCUCAAAUGAAAAGUUGAAAAAAAAUUUGCCCUACGAAAUUUACCACCCAUAACCGGUGAGUUCGAUCCUAUCAAUGUAAAGGAAAAACUCAAAAAAAAAAAUGAUCUCUGUAGGAAUUAUAAUAGCGAUAUGUACAGUUAGGCAGAGAAAUUAAUUAGUUAUAAGUCAAAGGUUUAACGGUUUAGAUAUUUUGUUUGAUAGGUAAGUACAAGUACCUAGUAUAUUCUGCAGUGGACAAAAUUGUUAGACCGAAAAGAAAUGAUUGAAAAUUUAACAUUAAGUUAAUUAAAAGAUAUAAUUAGUGGUCAACAAGAAAAAGUUGUGUUUAGUUGUAUUUAAUCUGUUUAACUUGAACUUUUUUUUCUCUCCCGCAAUCAUCGAUAUACAUAAAAUGUAUCUUCAGUCCCUUCCCGACUUAUCACCUACAACAGUGGAGCUUCCAUGNACUUGAAGUUAUUCAAUUUGUAUAUCUGUAUACAAUAUAUUAUUGUUAAAAAAAUUUGCUUCCGUAAUACACGUAGUACACACAAAUAUAAUGUUAAUGAUCUUAUUCAAUGUCUAUAAAUUAAAUAAAUUUAUAUUUACCUAACAAUAUAUAUUUGAGGUUUUUAAAAUCAAAAUAAAUACAUAAAUUAUUUUUUUUUUUUUCAAUUAAAAUGUAAAAAAUAUUUGUAAAUAUAAAUUAGUAAAUCCAAUAGCUCCACUGCUACUCUCGGUAUCUAAAAAUGUAAACAUCAUUGUAGCACCAAUACAUUCUUCGCUCCACUCAGAAUGUAAAAGGUCAUUAUUUUUACUGUAGAUUUAUAACAUAAUUAUCGCUACUUAUUUGUUUAACUUGACUGUCCUUAACGAAUUUGAGCGCUCACAUGUAAUCGUCUUCAUAUUUCGCAGUUAAUUUAAUGUUAAUGAUAUUCAAUGUCGGUAAGUUAAAUUAAUGUAUAUUUACCUAACAACAUAUUCUUGCGGUUUUUAAAAUCAAAAUAAAUGCAUAAUGAAUUGUAUUUAUUUCUUUUUCAUUAAAAAUGUAGAAAAAUUUGUAAUACGUUGUCAAAGUAAUUAAAAUUGUUUUUAUAUUUUUGAACGCAUUUUAUAUACAUUGUAAUUUAUACAAUUAAAUUUAAUGGGUGAAAUCUCAUUAGAUCCAAAAUGUUCGGUGGGGGUUCAACUAAAUUAUUUGUUGUUUUUGUUUCAGACAAAAAAUAUUUAGCGUUUCUACACAGCUGCUAUUUUGAUUUAGAAUUUGCUAAAAAGACAAUUCAGAAAUUUUACGGUUUUUAUUCCGAUAUUCCAGAAGUAUUUCAAGUUUUAGACCCAUUGGCUCAAGAGAUAGAAACUAAUUAUAAAUGUGUGUAAGUAUAUUACAUAGUGUGGAUAGACAUAAAACAAAAAGGCAUAAUAUUAUACCAUAUUAAUUAUAAAAAUAUACUCUGUAAAAUAAAUUUGGUAAUUUAUUUGUGUUGGCGAAAUCAGGAAACAGAUAUUGUUUAAUUUGACUUAAAGUUAUUUCAUUGUGAGAAUUUCGUUUUGAAAUCAAGUAAAAAUUACGAUACUCUAAUAUACCAUUGAUUUACCACCCCAGAAAAUGUGAUCAUGUAAAUUACAAAUUUAAAAGUUUAUUCAAUAUAACGUUUUUAUCUUUAACCAUUUUGGUUUUUAUUGCAGGAGCAUAGGUCAAAUGCCUUCCGUCAACACUGACAAAAGUGAACGGUUUCUAUUCGUACAACUGAAAGACUACGACGCCAAUUUGUUCGAAUACUCUUCUAUUUUUAAAUAUCUUGCUAUGUGGAUGGACCAUACGCUAUUAAGAUAUGGGACUUGUGACUCAAUCAUUGCCGUCGUUGAUUCAAAGGGGUUAAAUUGGCGUCACAUUAUAAAGUUACCUGUUCUUUUGUGCCGUCAAAUGCUAUUAUUUCUCGAGGUACGUACCUACCUAAAAUCGAAUAUCUGUCGGUUGUAUACAGAGCUGAGGAUUUUUAUUUGUAAGAGAUACAAAAACUAGUUAAAAAAUGAGUUAUGGUAUAAUCUUUCCCCCCCCCUUUUUUUAAAAUUGAAUCAACAUAUAUUAAAUGGAAACAUAAUAUAUUUUUCUUUAUUAUGUUCCAAUAUCAACAUUAUUUCUACCGGUACAACAAUUUUCCUCGGGCCGCUCAUGCAAAUUUUUUUUGUUUACAUCACCUACAUCAUCAAGUUUUAUACCUUCUACAAGUAUAUCAGUAUUUGUAGAAUGCAUUAACUUUUUUUUUUUAAACAAAUUUAAUAUACUUGAAACUAGAUAAAUUACUAUGCAUGCACUUGUACAUUUUACAAUUAUUAAUGUUGACGGGUUAUUUUAUUAUGAGGGGACUGUUAGAUAUCACACUAUUUGUUAGUACAUGUAGUAUACAACCUAACUUAUACUAACGUACCUAAUAUACAUAUUGUUUCUUGAUGUUUUUAGACUGCUUUACCGAUUCGUCUAAAAUCAAUACACGUUUUGAACACCGGAUCUACUACCCAAAUGCUAAUGAAAAUUAUCAUGCGAUUCGCGAGUAAAGAAUUACAUGAGAAGGUAAGGUCAUUUUUAUUAUACAUAUUAUAUAAUAAUUUAAUAAUGAGUUUGUAUGCACGUUUUUAUAUUCUUUGUAAUUAAAACAUUUGUAAAAUACAUGUAUGAAAUGUUAAAACUGAUCUCAGAAACUAUAAAGAAAUUAUAUAGAAAUCAUAUUUUAUUUUUUUAAGAACCUGUACAAAUAAUUAUAAUACAUUAUUUAAUUUAAUGACAUAAGUAAAAUGUAUUUUAAUAACCCAAAUUCAAAUUAGUUUUCGUGUACCUAAUAAACGGUACCCGAAAUUAAUUUAGAUGUAUCGGACUAUUCUAGUUUGAUGGUUUUUUUUCCGAACGGAACUAAAUGCGACAUGUAUAAUUUAUAUUUAACACUGUUCUACAAUUAUAAAUUGACUCUAUAAGUUAAUAAUAUAAAUUACAAUAUAGGACACUAUGGGAACAAUUUCUUAUCGGUGUCCUCCUCGAUUGUGAACAAUUUUCCUAUAAUUUGCCUCUAAAUCUGAAGAAAAAUAUUGAUCCUAUUUCAAAUUAUAUUAUUAUAAAAGCCAAGCCGUUUAUAUCUUAAUGUUGGUUUUGUAAUAUUAUUACCAGGGUGAAAUCGUGGGAAAAGAGUGAAAUAUUUCGAACCAAAAUCUGAUCACGUUUAAAUCGCAACCUACCAAAUAUUAAUUUUAUACUUUAUGGUGAUAAUAUAAUAAUAUGUUAAAUAAAGGAGUAAAAUAUGCCAAUCAUUCACAGUCAUGGAGAGCAUGUGUGUUAAUUUUUAUAAACCAGUGUUUCGUAUUAUUGAUUAUAGUAUUUGCUAUAAUGAAAUCUCUCGUUUGGUAUCCAUAGUGUAAAGUGAUCAAUGUAAGUGGGUAUACUCGAUAUAUCGAAAAUUAUUUACUUUUUUUCAAAAUUUAAAAAAUAAACUACUUCAAAAUUUAACAUUAACAUUAUUUUUUGUCAACCUAAUUUUUGGGCGUGAAACGAAUAUCUACUUUUGAUUUUAAGAUGGCAACUUAUAUUACAAAUUCUAUAAAUAAAUGGAGUACUAAUUAAAACAAAAUGUUGGUGCUAAAAUCUUUGAGUUCUAUGGUCUAUCGAUCUGUAUGUAUUUAUAUAUACAUAAUAAUACUGGAUCCAAAUAGUUACCUAUUUACUAUAUAAUCAACUUAAUAUGAAUCCGUUUAUUGAUAUUGAUUAUUAAUUAAUACUAAAUAUCAAUUUUUAACGAUAUACACCCGUCCACCAAAUUUCAACCAUAACGCAUAGGCGUAGGUAUUGAAAAACACAUCGCCGUGACUUUGAUGUAUUGUCUAAAAAUGUUAUCAUAAAUUAUUUCAUGAAUGAUUAAAGAGAUAAUAUACCAGAAAAUAUGACUAGAAUGUACAUGAAAUGCACUUAGAUAUUUGCCUAUAUAAUUUGACAAAAUAUAGUUUAAGUUUGUCCAUAAUUAUUAAUUACCAAUUUAAUUAUUUACGUUACAUUUGUUCGUAGAUAAAAUUGUACUCACCCGGUUCGGAGGAAAUCUUUAGCUACGUGCCGAGAAAAGUAAUGCCCGUAGAAAUAGGAGGAUUAGGAAAAUCGCAUAAUCACUAUAACGGUAUUUAUAUUACAUACUAUAUAAUAUAUAGCAUGGUUAGAAUNAUGAUUAAAGAGAUAAUAUACCAGAAAAUAUGACUAGAAUGUACAUGAAAUGCACUUAGAUAUUUGCCUAUAUAAUUUGACAAAAUAUAGUUUAAGUUUGUCCAUAAUUAUUAAUUACCAAUUUAAUUAUUUACGUUACAUUUGUUCGUAGAUAAAAUUGUACUCACCCGGUUCGGAGGAAAUCUUUAGCUACGUGCCGAGAAAAGUAAUGCCCGUAGAAAUAGGAGGAUUAGGAAAAUCGCAUAAUCACUAUAACGGUAUUUAUAUUACAUACUAUAUAAUAUAUAGCAUGGUUAGAAUUCUAUCGAAAAAAAACUAAUAUUAUACAUUUUUUUUUUAGAUGAAUUGUACAAUCAUUUAAUAGAUAUUCGUCCAAUUUUUCUCGAACGAAAUGAAACACUGAAUAAUCACAGAAUGGUCCAAAAUCAACCAUUAAUUUUAGAAAAUGAAUAA